GCGACCCGGAUCUCGGCGCCGCACCGCCCAGCGACGGCGGCCCGGGACGCGCCAUGGGGCUGUAGCGGCGCGCUCUGGUAUCACCUGCAAAGAAGAGGUUAUUGGUGAUUAUCAGUUGAUUACAGCUUCUGUAACACAAACCACCAUCAUGAAACACUUCCUGAGAAUGUUUAUCCAGGUAUGCCUGUACUUCUACUGCAAGUGCUUGUGGCGCUGCCUGAAGUUUGUGGUCAGGAAACUAACGGGGCGAUGUGAAUUGCAAAGGAUCUGUUACAAUACCAAGCCUGGAGCUGCCAGAACUAUGAAAAUAGAGGCAUCACUGAAAGGUUCAAAAAGUAAGCGGCUGCAAACUUCAGUAAGUGUUCACCCUGAUGCUAUUGAAAAAACUAUAGAUGACAUCAUGGAGCUGAAAAAGAUUAAUCCAGAUAUAAAUCCACAGCUGGGAGUAUCUCUUCAGGCCUGCCUGCUGCAGAUCGUUGGGUACAGAAAUCUGAUUGUAGAGGUUGAAAAGCUGCGCCGAGAGCCGUAUGAUUCAGAGAAUCUGCAACAUGAGGAAAUGCUUUUGAAGUUAUGGAAGUGCUUGAAGCCCAAUUCACCACUGAAAGCUCGGAUUUCGAAGCAGUGGUGUGAAAUUGGUUUCCAAGGUGAUGAUCCUAAAACAGACUUUAGAGGGAUGGGUCUCCUGGGCUUAUAUAACUUGGUGUAUUUUGCUGAAUGGGACACUGAGGUAGCCCAACAAGUUCUUUCUGAUUCUCUUCAUCCUAAAUACAGGGAAGUCACUAAGAAGGAAAUAAGCCAGUUCAGCAAAGUUGAAUGGGAGAAGAAAAAGUUUGAUAAGGCAAUUGGCUACUCGUUUGCUAUUGUGGGCAUCAACAUAACAGACCUUGCGUAUAACCUGCUUGUGAGCGGAGCUCUGAAGACCCAUUUCUACAACGUUGCUCCAGAGGCACCGACACUCACUCACUUUCAGCAGACCUUCUGCUACUUAAUGCAUGAAUUCCACAAAUUUUGGAUUGAAGAGGAUCCACUGGAUAUAAUGGAGUUCAACCGCGUCAGAGAGAAAUUUCACAAGCGAAUCUUGAAACAGCUCCAGAACCCCGAGAUGGCUCUGUGCCCUCACUUUGCUGCAUCAGAAAGUUUAAUCAAUAUGUAGUUACUCACGUGAUUUUAUUUGGAAACACUCUUUCACUCUUGUGUUAGACCACUGUUCAGACCGUCACUAGCAUACUGAAUGACCAUGGCAAUUGUAUGCAUGUUUUUGGUGCAGUAUUCAUCUAUUUUUGUCACAAGUUCUAGAUCCCCUUAUGCUUCUCUUGGGGGAUUUCUCAUUUUAAAUGGGUGCUCAUAUUGCGGCAUUAUGCAGUGUUACAUUCUGAACUGAUGUCUGGGUAUCAGAGUUUUUCUAUUUUUUUAGACUUUCCUCAUAAUUCAACAUCAAAAAAUUGAAUAGUAUUUCUCUAGCUGUGUUUUGUAUAUGUGGAAUAUGUGGCUGGAUCUUGUAUUGUGAAAGCUUUUUAACUUCUUGGUAUGUUUUAAGAUAACUGCUGGCAUUUCAAGCAAAAUAUAUGUUUGGACCUCGUCUAGGAGAUAAUAUGUGUAACUUAAUCUGAUGUAGACAAACACAUUAAAGUCAAAUUUUCUCCAUGCAGCCAUAUAUGCUUAAUGCAGAAUUAAUGAGGCUUACUAGAUACAAGUUUCAGUAAGAAGUUUAUGCAGAAUUACAAUCAGACUCCACAGCUGCAUGAAUACCAAAUGUUCUGGUGAUGCUAAUGUACUCCCGGAGAAGUGCAAUCACUCACAGCUACUGGAUACUGGUAGGGGCCAAAAAAAGUACUGUCAGAUUGUCAGCACCAACACCACUGUGCUGAAGCACAGUUUAAAUUCCUGCACGUUCCUUUGGGCUGUACAGGGCUUGGUAUUCUUUGUCACAUGUUGGAAGGUGAUGUGAUUUGAUUACGUUGUGUGCGGUGAAUUCAGAGGAGCAGAAAACAAUAUUUUUUUUUGAACUAUUCAAACUGUAGCUUCGGUUGUCAAUUCAGUUCAUAAGGACUGGGAAAAUUAAUUGACUCGAAGGUUUAGAGAAAACCCACCUGAGUUUCCCAGACUACUUAAAAAACAAGAAAUGGCAAGCUGCAUUUUUUCUGAAAUCAGAAAUGAGUGAAAGUGUCUGACACUAAGAAUGUGUAGUAUAUUGAACAGCAUCUACCAUGGCAUUUCAUACCCAUGGUAUUUUUUACCUUAUAAGCAAGCAAUUUUAGUAUUAUGUUUGUGUAAAUCACUUGCAUAUGGAGAUUAACUUGCAGUAGUGUCCAACUACUUGUGAAUUAUAUGAAUAAAUCAUAUGUCAUUCUAAAUGGAAGCACUAUGGGUUUUAUUUUGCAGAUAUGGACUAGUGGAUAGAAGGGUCAUAACCUUUCUGUGGUAUUUUCUUAGUCUGAAGAGUGAUGUAAAUUUACCUGGGUCGGGUUUGUUACAGCAUUUCUAGUUAUGGUGUGAAGGAUUCAGUUUGUUAUAGCAUUUCUAGUUAUGGUGUUAGGCAUCACGAAAUAAAUAAGCUUUGUAUUUAAGCUCCCAUUUUUUAGCUCAAAUGUGAGGUGGGAAUUGGGACUUCUCUGCAGAGCUAAGAAUUUGCAUUCUCUGCAGAGAUGAUCAACAGAAUUCUAUAGGUGUUGCAAUAACUGGUGUUCUCUGAUGACUUCAGAAAUACAGUACUGAAGAUAUUAGCUGCUGCAUAUUUUGAAUGAAAAUAUAACAAAUAAAAAAUGUGUUGAACUUGUAAAUAAUCUAUGAUAACAGUGCAUCAAAUAUUGAUGACUUUUUUAUGACUUUUGAAGCCUCUAAUGUUUUCUUUCAACAGUUUUCAUUGUUUCAAAUAGCCUCUCACCUUCUUUCCUUCCCUGGCUCUCGUACUCCUCUUCCUUCUGCAACACAUUAAUUAGUCUGCACUGGUUUAUUUUUAAUCUUCUGCAUGGGAGUUAAUGGAGCUGAUGUGAAGGUCCCUGCCACCUUCUCACUGG